ACUAAAGGUGAUUCAACGUUCGUUGGUGAAUUAUUUGAUUUUGAUAUUAUUCAGCACACGGAUGAAAGACAAGACGAAGCAAUAAAUAUAAGACAUCGUGUUCUAAGAUGUCCUACUCUCGGAUGUUCGCGAAUUAAAGCGUUUACAAAUAGAAAAGCAUUAUAUGAACAUAUUGAAACUACAAAACAAAAACCAUUUAUAGUCAAUCUUGUGACUAAAUCAGCACCUGUCGUAGGUCGUUUCAUUGGUAAAAAUGGUGUUAAUCUCAAACAAUUCCAGCAAGCCAAUAAUGUUCAUUUGAAAAUUUUAUCAAAAACGACUACUAUUAGUUUAAUGCAAAAUUCAAACGUACAAGUUCAAGUGAAACUGUUGAAAGCGAAUGUCAAUGCUGAUGACGUGAGUAAAAAAUUAAGGUUAUUGUGGGAAAAAGCAGAUCGUGAACAAAAAAAUGAAGAAGAAAAUUUUAAACGGCUGCAACGGACUUGGAUACAAAAACAAUCAUCAACUACAAGUGAUAUAGAUUUUGAUAGUGAUAUGGAGCUUGAUGGUGAUACGAGACAUGCAAGAGCAUUUACAAUAUCUGGUGAUGAAUUGAUACGACGACGAUCAACAAGAUAUGAAAAAAAAGAAGCAACGCUGGGAAGACGACAAGCACGAUCUAUUUUGAGUUUGGAAGGACAUCGAUGUGCGGCAACGCAAGAUCGUCAACAAGGAGGAACAAAAUCAGUAAUGUUUCAUCAAAAGAAAAAAACGAAUAUGAAAGAUAAACAAUGGAUGGUGAAGGAACAAUUAGAUGAUAUGCCAUUAGAUGUGGAUGACGAAUGA